AUGAGUCAAAGCACAAGAGCUAGAGCCAAUAGCUAACAGAGCUAGAUAUCCAAAAAAAGCAUUCGGAAAUAUAGUUCUGAUUACUAUGACUCGGAUGCAUCAGACUCAGAACCAAUGAUUAAGAAGAGAAUUGUAAAAAUAUGGACACCUGAAGAAGAUCAGAUGUUGUAAGACUGUUAUGAAAAAUUUAAUGGAAAUUGGACACAAGUAGCCUAAGCAAUACCUGGAAGAAAUUAAUCGCAGUGUUCAUAAAGAUGGAAAAGAAUAAAUCCAAAUAGAAUUAAAAUGAGAAAGCAAUGGACAGAAGAAGAAGAUAGACAGGUGUUACGUUUGAUUUAAAAGUUUGGAAAAAAUUGGAAAAGAAUUGAAAACGAGAUGACUGGGAGAAGUGGGAAAUAGAUAAGAGAAAGAUUUAUCAAUAAGUUAGAUAAAACUAUUAAUCAUGAUCCAUUUGAUGAGAGGGAAGAUGAGGAAAUCUAUAAAUUGUAUAUAAGUUUGGGUCCAAGAUGGAGUGAAAUAUCAAAGAACUUAAUAGGAAGACCUGAAAACUCGGUUAAGAAUCGAUUUUACUCUCAUAUAAAGAAGCACUAUAAUAUUUAAACUAAGGAAUCCGAUUCGGAUGGUAAGGAGAUUACUCCUCAAUAACAAUACUCAAAGUGUGAUUUCACAGGAAAAGAUUAUUUAAUAGAAUAAAUAUAAAAGGAAGAUAAAAAACUAGAUACUAUACAGAGCUAGUUUGAGCAAGAAAACUCAAUAAAUAACUUAUAAUAACAUAACCAUUAUAUGCAAACCUCAUAUAAUGGACUUGGGAAAGCUGAUUCUCUAAAUUCUAAUGGCGAUUUCUUGUAAUUUGCACAAUAAAUGAGUCUAGAACAGAAACAUCUCUAUGCGACAGAUAUUAAUCAACAAGGAUCCAAUAUAUUUCAAGAUGUCUAACUUCCUUUUCAUGAUCUACUUGAUGAUCAAUAAGAUCAAUAAUCAUUAUCAAAGAAAGCAUCUUUAUAUUUGAGAACAGAUAGUGAUAUUGUUAAUCAAGACCUAUAAUUACAAUAUUAAUUAAGUAAAAUGAGUAUGGAAUUAGAAUGA